AACCCCUACUUUUGCUUUCUCGCGCGCCGCUAGCGCUGCUCUUUCCCGCUGCCGUUUCUGCUAAAAUCGAAACUGACGCUGCUCCCAUUCGAAGCUACGCCUGCUGCCGCUGCUGAAUCAAAAGCUCCGCCCACCGUCGUCGCUCAUUGCUUGGCCCAACGUUGCCGCUCGAAACGAAAUUUUUUCCCCUAAAAAACACGAUUUAAAAUCCCAACUGAUUUUAAAUUCUAUGAUUUUUUUAACCAUCCAAACAAAAGAAAUGAUUUAAAAUCAGAUAUGAUUUUAAAUCUUCUCAAAUUCAAGGGUUCCAAACAGGGGAUUAAGUUUGUAGUACUGUCGAGUAGUUUAUAGUGAGAGAUGGAUAAGAAGAGAGUGACCAUUCCUCUCGUAUGCAAUGUCCCUUCUCGACCGGUUGUGGAUCUAUUACAUAGCCCUGUUAUGUCGGAAUGGGUUCUUCAUCAUCAGUGCCAGCAAGGAUUCCAAUCCCAUGCUGAGAAAUGGAGCAACUGACGAUUGGAUUGGUAUAUUUGAAUAUGCGCAGUUUGGAGUUGUUGCCUGGAUACCAAUGCUUUAUGUGCCGAUACCGAUUCUGGGGAAGUUGAACGUUUCUUUCAAGUGAUUUCGUGGACAAUGAUGAAGAUUGAAAUCAUUAAUGGGAUCCUUCAUAUUUGUGGUUAAACUUAUAGGAAAGUAUGGGAUGCAUUAACCUGGAGAUGUACUGCACUCAUUUGAGCAGAAGGACUUUGAUCGUGCCUGUGCUUUUUCCGAGGUCUUCCAAUUCUUCAAACACUCGCAAAGCUCGCACAUGCUUCCUUUAUCAAUGAUUCGAAGAGUCCAGUUUAUUUCCCGCCAUUUUUCUUCAAGUCUGCAUUUAGUUCCAAUUCCACUUCGAAUCUCCAAACUAACAAAGAAAUCAUGCAUCGAGUAUCUUCGGAACUGCAAGUCCAUGGAUCAACUCAAACAAAUUCAGAGUCAGAUCUUUCGAAUUGGUCUCGAAGGAGACCAAGACACAAUAGACAAAUUUAUGACAUUCUGUGCAGACUCAUCCCUUGGCAACUUGCACUAUGCAGAGAGGAUGUUUGAUUACAUACAAGAGCCAUCUCUGUUGGUUUAUAAUGUGAUGGUUAAAGUGUAUGCCAAAAGGGGAAUUUUCAGUAAAGUCAUUUUACUAUUUCAACAGUUGAGGGAAGAUGAAUUGUGGCCCGAUAAUUUUACUUACCCAUUUGUUCUGAAAGCUAUUGGUUGCUUAAGGGACGUGAGGCAAGGUGAAAAGGUUCAUGGCUUUGUGGUGAAGACAGGAAUGGAUUUUGAUAAUUAUGUUUGUAAUUCACUUAUGGAUAUGUAUUCUAAAUUGGGCAAUGUUGAGAAUGCUAAGAAGUUAUUUGACAAAAUGACAACGAGAGAUUCAGUUUCUUGGAAUGUUAUGAUUUCUGGGUAUGUUAGGUGUCGGAGAUUUGAGGAUGCUAUUGGUACAUUUAGGGAAAUGCAGCAGGAGAGCAAUGAGAAACCUAAUGAAGCUACAGUAGUUAGCACUCUUUCUGCUUGUAUAGCACUGAAAAAUCUGGAGCUUGGCGAGGAAAUUCACGACUAUGUUAGAAAGGAGCUUGGUUUUACCACUAUAAUCAACAACGCAUUGUUAGAUAUGUACGCAAAAUGUGGGUGCUUAAAUAUUGCCCGCAAUAUAUUUGAUGAAAUGCCUGUGAAAAAUGUAAUUUGUUGGACUAGCAUGAUUUCUGGAUAUAUAAACUGUGGUGAUUUAAGAGAGGCUAGGGACUUGUUUGACAGAAGUCCAGUUAAAGAUGUUGUUUUGUGGACAGCUAUGAUAAAUGGGUAUGUGCAGUUCCACCAUUUUGAUGAAGCUGUGGCCCUGUUUCGUGAAAUGCAAAUUCGAAGGGUAAAACCGGAUAAGUUCACAGUGGUCACUCUCCUCACAGGUUGUGCUCAGUUGGGAGCUCUAGAACAAGGGAAAUGGAUUCAUGGAUACCUAGAUGAGAACAGAAUAACAAUGGAUGUUGUUGUUGGUACUGCACUCAUUGAAAUGUAUUCCAAAUGUGGAUGUGUAGAUAAAUCAUUAGAAAUUUUCUAUAAGUUAAAGAAUAAGGACACGGCAUCUUGGACAUCAAUAAUUUGUGGUCUCGCCAUGAAUGGUAAGACAGGUGAAGCACUUAGGUUGUUCUCAGAGAUGGAAUUUGUGGGGGCCAAACCUGAUGAUAUCACCUUCAUUGGUGUUUUAAGUGCUUGUAGUCAUGGUGGAUUGGUUGAGGAAGGGCGUAUGUUUUUCAACUUGAUGAAAAAGGUUUACCGAAUCGAGCCGAAGGUGGAACACUAUGGGUGUGUAAUUGACCUCCUUGGUAGAGCUGGGCUGUUGGAUGAAGCAGAGGAACUGAUACAAGGGAUUCCGAAUGAAAAUGGCGAAAUUGUGGUUCCACUCUAUGGUGCUUUGCUCAGUGCUUGCAAAAUCCACAACAAUGUUGACAUGGGUGAAAGACUAGCCAAAAAAUUGGUGAGCAUUGAAUCAUGUGAUUCUAGCAUUCACACACUUCUUGCGAGUAUAUACGCUUCUGUCGACAGGUGGGAAGAUGCAAAGAAAGUGAGAAGGAAAAUGAAAGAACUUGGAGUGAAAAAGAUGCCUGGGUGUAGUUCGAUCGAGGUCGAUGGCAUUGUUCACGAGUUUCUUGUUGGGGAUCCAUCUCAUCCGGAAAUGAUAGAGAUAUGCUCCAUGUUGGAUAUAGUGGCUGGACAAUUACUAGGAUCAAAGGAAUCUCAGCUUGAAAGAGUGAUGCCACUUUACAAGGAUACUCGAUAUUGCAGUUUUGUAGAAUUUUAAGAGAUUUACUAUGAGGGAAGAAAGUGUUAUACCAUACAGAUGGUGAUGUAAAAUUAGGACACAAACAGAAAAUCUCCAAUCAUUAUUGGUUGAAGUUUGCUAUUGGCAAAGUUAACUAUUGCAGUUUGCUUGCUGUUUGAAGAUUUUCUCCAUUCUUAGCGAUUGAGCAACUGCCUAUUGUCCAAUGAAAUCUUGAAAAGCAAAUGAUAGAAGACUAGGUGAGGGAUAUAAUCCAGCUUGUGGACUGGGGAGGUGUUUUCAGAAUUGAUGGUUUAGAGUUGAGGGUCUAGGAUUUAAGUUGAGGGUUUAUAAGCGAUGAAUCGAGUUAAAAGUAAAAGUCAUUCAUAAUUGGCAGAGCGCUUUUGAAAUUGAUUCGAUACAAAAGUGAUUAGUUUAGUGUUGGUUGCUGGGAAUGAUUUUAGUGAUGUUUUAGCAUUGUCAUUCAAUGAAAGAUUACUAAUUAUAUUCAAA